AUAAAUGCAAGCUCCCGGCAAUAAUCAGCCCUGUAAAAUUGGGCUGAAGGUGGGAGGGAUAGACGAUAACAAAUCAAUCACCGAUCCCGCUCCCGAACCAAUUAGUGUCGAUUAUAUUACUGGCAGGCGGGUGUGUGUGUUUGGGUGAGCAGUGAUUAAUCAGGCCUUUUUAGGGCCCGACACACGGUGACAAUUGUUUUACAAACAUCCCACACUGUGGUGCUACUGUUUCGGUUCCCAGAUAGUAGAUAAAUAAUUCGAUUGACAUGAUGAUGAUGAUGAUGGUUCGAUUAGCCGAUUACAUUGAGUUGCCCAAAAGUGGUUGGCAGGAAUGUGUCCCGCGAAUGAAAUACAGUAUCAAAGGCGUCGCACAGGAUCGGUGUUGAGUAAAUUGUGGCCAAGCACUUGAAGUGGAUCGUACAUUACGGUACCAAAAGUUGCUUGCCUUUCCAUUACUCCGCUGAACUGUAAUGGUUUGUAUAGAAUAAGUUUAAAAGUCCCCAUGGAUGGUAAGACAUGAUGACGAUGCGUUCAAUCUGAGGAGCAGCAACUGCUAUUGGCAACCGACAACAGCGACUGCUUUGAUGAGCGUGCUGUUUAGGGCAGCUCAUUGGAGGGAAGAGUAAUAAACAAAUGGCGCAUUAUUGCCAACCAAAGGGUUGGCGCUGACUCAUCAGUGUCAUGAGGCUAAUUUGAAUACACUUUGUUCAAGCAAUGUGCGACAUUGUUGCAUUGCAAACUUGAGGCAUACAGUGGCUUACUAAAUUGAUGGUUCACUCAACAAUUUUGGAAAUAUUUGCAAAUAUCUUGGCCAGUUCUGGAGCUGGGCUGCAAUUGUUUAUACCAUUCGAUGGAUAAUCUUUCGAAGUAUCGAAUUGGAAAAGGAAAAAUGUUGUGUACACAAACAUAUUCAUUUAAAGUCAACCCACCGGCGAAGUCAAAUCAUUGAUUGGUGCACCUAUGUGGACGAAUGUAAUAUUCCUUUUAGGUCAGAAUAUAGAUUUCAUGAGCAACAAGUGCCAUUGAUUCCUCAGGCUGCAUUGAAUAACGAAACAUGUCUACUAUGGCCGUACUAACUCCAAACAAUAAGAGUCAACCGAACCGUGCUGCGGAAGUGACACACUAGGAAUAACUGUUCUGAUAGGGUAGAGUGACCCGUACAAAAUUCAAACAGUUCCGAGGAAAGGACAACAAAAUUAAAAAGAUAAUCCAGACGAUAUAUGUGUAGUGUAGAGGCCGGUUACAAUAAUUUACAAUUUUUAAAGAUCUUCUCAAAUCUACCCAUUGCUACCCCACCAAUAUGCUUUCGUAGUGUUUCUGCAAUUCAUUCAACUAACCUCCGUUCCACAGACUCGUCUCGCGAUCGCUGUAAAAGCAACAAAACAACCCAAACCCCUUCCCAUUGGUGUUUUGAGCUUCGUCUCCCUCCAAAGCUUGAUAAGCGAAUCUACAAACGAUGCACAAACUAAUUUCCCUAUCAGUACCGGACUUCAGGUAGUGGUAAUAAUGCUCUGACAUGCGCCACCACCCUGUCGAUUCUAAACCCCCUUUUUGGCGAUGACUCUCCGCAGCAAACUGAUGACUAGGUGGUAAACCUAGCUCCUCCUUAUCUUAAAUGUACCUCCGUAAUAAAGCAAAACUGCGGCUAUGCUGCACCGAAAGAGUAAAGUAAACUUCCUCAAAUUGACGGCCCCGCAGACCCGUGGGAUGGGAUGCCUGCUUCCCGCCGGGUGUGCCGGGCUACCUGCGAAAUCACUGCUAUCGGAGACACCGACCGAGACGUCUUGUCCAUCAAUCUGAGUCAUCUCUGGGCGGUGCACGGGUGUAGCUGUCGCGUGGAACAGUUUCACGCCGACGUCGAUGUGUGGGGACGAUAGCGCAACGAUAAGACAAACCAGCUGGGUAGAUUGUGUCUCCGUACACCGGACCGAUGUACACUGGACCCGGGCCGGGUGGGUUAGCCGAGGGGUGCUAACAUACAUUUUGGCACAAGCCAUGCGGCGCGUGGCUGUCAGAUCAGUUUCGCCUGUCGAAGGUGACGGACCCGGGUGGAAGGUCAUCCCCGGUUGGAGGGAGUGCUUUGGGAAGAACCGUUGGGUGACUUGUGCUGAGGUUUUGGCGAUCGUUGCAAUCGUUUCCGUGUGUGUUGCAGGUGUAAUUCUACGUGCUCUCAUUUCCUGAAGUUCUUCAAACGUUCAAACGUGUCGUAUUGCAAAUCGUGUGUGUGUGACGAGUGAGCAAAUCGAGCACGGACGUCAUGAGUGUAGGAAUUUUUCGAUACCUUUCCUUUCGAUAUCAGCUUAUCUGAUAACGCUGGCACCCGAGACCUGAGGUAUCCUUCAAACACGUUUUUUUUUGUUUUUGCAUAUUUUAAAAAGUUUGCGCAGUGUACUAUAAUCCGGACUGUCUGCCAGACGGGAAGUGCUGGUACACAUUCGUCGAUUAGUGCCUCCGAUAUUGAAGCUUGGACCAAGUGGCUGAAAUUACGAUAAGGAAGAAGCCCUGUGCAAAAGAAAGGGAUUAAAGCAGGGUUGCCAAAAUGCAAAACGGCACAAACGUCAAAGCGUGAUUGUUGUUGCCAAACAGCGAAGUAGCCAUUGGAAGGCCAUCAGUGCGCGAGUGGCAGUGUGAAAUCGCGUUCCUUUAGAGGUGGUUCUCAGGGAUUCGCAAUUGCCGAUUGCUGAUCGGGAUAUCACCAUUAAAAUCCCUGUUGCUGUGGGUAGAGUGCACUCGGUUGAUUAAUUCCUGCAUAACCUACAACGAGAAUGGAAAACUGGAGAUGUAAGCAGUGUGGCAAUUUCCCGAACGGGGAGGUGUACCAGUGUGCUGCCAAGGAUCAUUUUUACUGCGCAACUUGCAAGGAGUCAAAGAACAGGACGCUAUGUACGUGUGGAUCGAAGCUGAAGGAUAGCAAAGUACCGAACCCGAUCGAGAAGCUGCUGCAUCAAGCGAUGUGUCCCUGCCGCUACGCAUCGAACGGAUGUACCUGGAAGUUUGUGCAGAGCGAGAUGGACGCGCACUUGGUCGAGUGUCGCUUCCGGCCGUACCGAUGUGUGGCUGCUUCGUUGAACGUGAUCAAAUGCAACUGGCAAGGUUUGCAGCAUGAGAUCGAGGACCAUCUAGCGAAGGGCCACAAAGAGCUGGGCGAGGUGUUCCGGUUCCGCGAGAGCACCUCGCUCGUGUUCAAGGAGCAGAUCUCGCUCGGCGGUCUGAAGCUGGUCGAUGCGUUCAGCAAGCGCUUCCUGUUCUACUUCUUCUCCGACGUCGCCCACAAGAAGCUCUCCUUUCUGAUGCUUUACUUCGGGCGGCGCGAGGAGGCGGCCCAGUACUGCUACGAGCUGGAGAUUAGCGGCCGACCGUUUGCGCCACCCGCCAAUGGAACGGACAAAGAGGCCACCACCAUCCCGCCGGUGGUCGAGGAUGAUGCACCCGACGCGAGCGUCUUCUCCCGCACCGUUAAGUUUGUGGAGCGUUGCAACUCCGAUUCGGAAAAUCUCGCCGAACUGCUCGACGAGGAACGGUGCGUGUCGCUUUCCCACCGGCAGGUGAAAAACUACCUGCACGAGGGCAAGCUUCACAUGCGGUACCGUGUGCGCAAGGUUGAUGGAGGUGGCCGGGAGAAGAAACUGUCCGUCACGGUCGUGCCAGCCGGGGAAGAUCCACCCCUCGGGAGUGCGGCUCCGGUGAAACCCAAGCCAAGGCCACCACCGUUCGUGUUUGCCAAGAAGGGAACGCUUGCCGGUCCGGGCAAGCGUUCCAGUUCCAGCUCGAGCUCCAGCUCCAACACGAGCUCCUCCUCCAGCUCGUCCUCCACCUCCAAAUCGGGAUCGUCUACCGGGUCAGGCAAAACGGUGCAAAGCACGGCGUCCGUUGCCUCCCGUUCGCCAUCGACUGCCUCGACCAUUACGAUAAGCUCGGAGCGCAAUAGUGGCGACUCGGGGCAGCUUGCAGCGGCAGGCACAAUGGAUAGCCGACACUCGCUGUCGUCCAUUAAUCGCUUGACGACUCCACUGACGCCGUUCGAAAAGCCGGAACAGUGUCCGCUGAUGACGCCUUCCAUCAACAAGCACGAUGUGCCACCCUCGUGGACCGUUUCGCAAACCACGACGAGCAGCUUCGCCUACCACACCAGCACCGAGUACCAUCGGCAGGUGUACGGACACGAGCCGUACCGCAUCUCGCGUCACUAUCCACCGUCCGAGUGUACGACCACGGCGGCCGUCUGCCAGAAGUACACGCAGCCGUACAAGGCGAAGGACGAUCGGCCGUACCUGAUGAAGCAGCCGACGAACUGUCUGUUCAAACCGCAACCCAAGUGGUGUGGCGGAGCUAGUGCCGGGGUAGGUCACGGAAAGGGUGGUUGGAGUGCGUAACCGCUCCAGCUGUGGUCGAAGUAUCCGUUUUCCACACUAAUAAACUACUCAUUUCUCAAUA